GAACAUAUCCCUCGAAACUCUUUCUCGGUCUUCGAGGAUCGUCUUUCGUACUCCUGAUAUUUACAACAUGGCCUUGUUCAGAAGUUCUGUCACGAAUAUUCUAUUUUAAACGGAUACGAAGCCUCUUAAGAAACUUGUUUUUCUAAACUACACUCCAGUAACUUUACAUAGUAACCGACUAAGAAUACGUGUACUCGUUUAAGUAACUUAUAUUCCGUUGAUGAAUGCACAUAUGUGUACCGAUUAAAGAAGCUUAACGCAGCAUCAUGUCAAGUCCGUCGUUAAAAGAUUUACCAAAAGUGGCACUAGAUUUAAAAAGCGAGCUAGAAGGCUUCAAUCACGGAUGUAUGAAGAAAGCUGAAACUGCGGAGAAAAAUGUCUUGCCAUCUGCAGAAGACGUGCGACAAGAGCGACAACAUUCUGAUUUGAUUCAUGGUGUGGAAAGUUUUAACCAAGAUCAAUUGAAGCAUGCAGAUACAAAGGAGAAGAUUAUUUUACCAAAUGCCAAAGAUGUUGCAGCAGAAAAAACUCAGCAAACGCUGAUUGCUGGCAUUGAAACAUUUGAUCCAACUAGUUUGAAACAUACUACUACUCAAGAGAAGAAUCCGUUGCCUGAUAAAGAUGCCAUUCAACAAGAAAAGGGAAAGCAACAGUUGAUAUCUGGAAUCGAAAAUUUUGAUCCAGCGAAACUCAAGCAUGCGGAAACGCUUGAAAAAAAUCCUUUGCCUACCAAAGAAGCGAUUGCUGCUGAGAAAAUAGCUGCUUAAGAACGUCAUCAGAAUAAUGAAGAAGAGAAAAAGCAGCAAUUUGUCAUUUCUUCCAUUUUCUAUAUCAUGACAUUGUAUAACAAUAAUUCAUACAUUACCAACAAAAAUGUGAAUGCGAAAUACUGUGUUAA